AUCGUCCGGAUUUACGUUAGGAGACAUAUCUUCCAAUUGGGAGAGAGGGAACGCAAUAAUACGGGGUCAGUGGAUUGACACCAGGAAAGUUUUGGAUGUAAACGGAGUUUAGGAAACGGGCUUUAUACCGGGAAGAGGAGGGUAAAACAGAUGGCUAUGAGUAGGUGCCAGACCUCGGAGAGAACUCUAUGCUGUUAUUGUUACGACUUGGAUUCCGAGUUUAUCGCCGAGGAGUAAAAGUUGGAUCAACUGGUGUCUCUGGUCCUUGGCUCAUCGCUGGAUGCCCAUGAUCCAUGGCUAUGGCACUUUAACAUUCAGCUGUUGGGGGGACAUGAGGGAAGAUUUGCUGGUGUGCCAUGUCUGUUUCUGGAGUGAGAAUGUAAACAAGGGGUGCUGACGUCAUUCUUAAUGGAGCUACGCUGAUACCAUGUCCGCAUGGAAGACGUAGCAUCACUCAAUGAUGGGUUGUGGGACAAGCAAGGUGCUUCCGGAACCACCAAAGAAUGUUCAGAUAGACUUAAUCAAAAAGGUGGAACCUUUUAUGGAAUCAAAAAAUGACAUGUAUAAACAUUUCAUCACUGACUCUGAUCAGACGGAUUUGAAAAAAACCUCUUUAUCUCCUCCAUACCCUCAUGAGUAUUUGCACAAUCAUAUAGAAAAUACAGACUCUCGGAAAAACAAAGUAGCUAGGUACCGAGCUAAGUUUGAUCCACGAGUUACUGCCAAGUAUGAUAUUAAGGCACUUAUAGGAAGAGGCAGUUUUAGCCGUGUUGUGCGAGUUGAACAUAAAGCCUCCAAGCAACCUUAUGCUAUUAAAAUGAUUGAGACUAAAUAUAGAGAGGGAAGGGAAGUGUGUGAAUCAGAGCUUAGCGUACUGAGGAGAGUUAGACACACCAACAUUAUUCAACUUAUUGAAGUGUUUGAGACUCAGGAAAGGGUUUAUAUGGUGAUGGAGUUGGCAACAGGUGGGGAACUUUUUGACCGUAUUAUUGCCAAAGGAUCCUUCACUGAAAGAGAUGCUACCCGUGUAUUGCAGAUGGUUUUGGAAGGAGUGAAAUACUUACACAUUCUAGGCAUUACUCACAGAGACUUAAAACCUGAAAAUCUGUUGUAUUAUCAUCCAGGAACAGACUCCAAAAUCAUGAUCACGGACUUUGGUCUUGCAAGUGCACGAAAAAAAGGGGAUGAUUGUUUAAUGAAGACUACUUGUGGAACUCCAGAGUAUAUUGCACCUGAAAUUCUAGUGAGAAAACCAUAUACCAACUCUGUGGAUAUGUGGGCUUUGGGAGUAAUAUCUUACAUACUUUUGAGUGGUACUAUGCCCUUUGAGGAUGAUAACAGAACCAGACUCUAUCGACAGAUUUUAAAGGGAAAAUAUAGCUACUGUGGAGAGCCUUGGCCUAGUGUUUCGAAUUUGGCAAAGGACUUUAUUGACCGUCUGCUUAUGGUUGAACCAGGAGAAAGGAUGACUGCAACUCAAGCUCUAAAGCACCCCUGGGUAGUUAGCAUGGCUGCCUCAUCCUCAAUGAAGAACCUUCACCGAUCCAUCUCACAAAAUCUGCUCAAAAGAGCAUCUUCACGCUGUCAGAGUACAAAAUCUUCACAGUCGACUCGUUCUAGUCGCUCUACAAAAUCAACAAAGUCACGGCGAGUAAGAGAACGGGAAUUGCGGGAGCUUAAUCUCCGUUAUCAGCAACAUUACAAUGGUUGAUGACUGCAAGCAGGAUACAUAGGAUAAGUGUUUAAAUACACAAAGUGCCUUCUCAACUUGCCCAUCCAGGAUUUUUUUUCUUUUUCUUUAUAGCUUUUAUUUAUAUUGCAGGCAACUCAUUUUAUACGUAACGGUUUCUAUGUCCAUUUGGUAUUUAUGAGAAUUAUUGUUUU